AUGGGGGUCAGCUGUAAAAUUGACCCGGUAAGCGAAGGAGUUUUUGGAUUUGGUGUAUUUUAUUCGUGGAUUAUAAGGAAUAACUUGAUGAUGCGUUGUGAACAAUGGGAAUUAUUAAUGACGAGUGGGAAGCGUUGGGUAACACUCAGGUGUACGGCAGCACCUGAUGUAACUGAUUUGAGGGCGAGUAGUCGCUGUACCCGAGCGGGUAGGAAUAUGCCCGACUGGUGCGCAACGACAGCAGCCGCAUCAGAUGAAACUGGUUUCAGGAUCUCGGGUAAUGGCUCUACCCGAGCGGGUAGGAAUGUACCCGUUCAGGUAAAAGUUUUACCAGGACGGGUAAAAUGGAAUGGGUAA